UUAAAAGGCUGCGGGCGCUUUAAACUCGAGAUCGAAUUUCGCAGAUGCGCACGUGGUGGUGUAUAUUGGCACGCAAUAAAGUGCGCGUCGUGCGUCGAGAUUUGCGCUAGGCCAGACCAGGUUAUGUUACGUUGUGUUUAUCACUCGCGCGUAGUGGAUAUAACACGCGACGAUGAAAUAAAUAGACAACACAAUAUGACCUUUGGACAAUUAUACGCGCUGACUGUUUUCCCUGCUGCGGUGCAGCGGUGCAUUCGCGUGACGUUGCGAUGAUUUACUUCCCGUGCAACGUGAUGAUGACCUGUCGGGGAGUGCAAUGAUUUUAAUAACGGUAAUGAUAGACUAAUAGAAAGUUUGCGUGUGAGAUUCGUCAUGGCGAAUGCGAAAAAUGAGGAGAGGACGGUUUUGGAAGCAGAAACAGUCUUUUUAUUAAUGAAAAAGGGUUUCCCCAUCUCUCGCAAUGUGAGGGCCCAGUGGUUGCUGGAACAUUUAGAUUCUGUGAUAAGUACACAGUAUCCGAGUGUAAAAAGUAAAGAAGCGCCAGAAUUGGAGAUUGUAUCGGUGCUGCCAAAAGAUAAGCCUAUAACUUGGUCUAUAGAUACUAGCCAUCAGUUUCUUUAUAAAGUUAUUUCCACGACUUCAAUUAUAUUCCUUGGGCACAAGUACAGAAUGGUCUUUAGUUUAGACUUAAGUCCGUCUCUUGCUACUGUUGAUAUACAACAUGGGGAAAUAGUGAUUGAUGAAGUGUGCCUGGCAACGAAGCAAUGUUUGGAAGGUAUAACCAGACCAUUUACGAUACCAGGCAGCAAGCGCGUGAUGCAACCUGAAAUUUAUGUGACUGUGAUAGCUCAUACGCCAUUCUUUACGAACCCGGCGCAGCAAGUACUGGUGCAAGGGUGGUUGAUCACCGCAGAUAAUGUGAACUCUCUAACGCAGUACGUCGAGAAAAAGCUGUACGAGUUGGAGGAGAAAGUAGCGACCGUUACUGCCAUAGCUAAUCAGCAAUUAGAACAUUUAAGAGCAGAGAGCGAGCGUUUGGUGGGAGGGCUCUUCGAGGAGAGCGGUAACUGCUUGAACAAAAGUAGCAGUAGUUGUACAGCCAAUAUUUCCAUGGUUUCGCCAGAAGCCAGUUUUGUAAAUAUGCUGAGAUACGGAAUGCUAGCUCUAACACUCUUACCUGAGCACAGCUGCGCACAUAUGGUGAUAGUCUCGGACGGUAUUGUCGGAGUCAAGGACGUUCACGCGUUAGACUCUAUCGUGCAACAACUGCGUGCAACUACGGUUGCGUGCAGUUUUCUGCACGUAGGCAGCGCGUAUCAUCCGCAUUGCGCGGACGGUCUAGUGCCAUACCAAGAUCUGCUGUAUUUUAUCGCUGCAGCCACCCUCGGUAGUUAUAUGUCUUUCAACUCAUACUUUAUACCUACGCAUGGGACGGAUAUGAAUCUUUAUCACAGGAACUUUCUGUGCUGGCAAUUAUAUCGAGAUGUUCCCUACGAUAGUACGCCGGAUGGUCAUGUCUGUUGGCGAACUGAAAACAAUUGCUUCGACGAACAUAAAACCGAUCAGCUGCUGAGGAAAAAGCAGAUCGACGACAAAGUUACCUGCACCUUGAGCAGCUUGCUGUGCUGCCGCCUAAGAGAAGGAUACUUGAUAAAAAGAGCCACCAUACGAGACGACGUUCUUGAGAUCAAUUUCGUGCUGCUGUGGAAAAGCAACGUUUCGUUGGAGUACCUGGUUACAUGCCCGUGGUCUUCGAAAUCAUUGUCGCAGUCCAAUGUGAUACAAUACGUUAUUACUAUAGAAGCACCGUAUGAAUUUUUACAUGACAUUACAUGCAUGUCGAAAAAGCCACUCAAGUCGAAUUAUCGCCAGGGUGUCGUUUCUUGUUUCUGGACGGCAUUGACAUCCUUGACCGAGAGCGACAAUACGUUAGCGCACUUCAGUUGGUUUCCAGGAUCCGGUUGGACGUGGUACAGCGUUCCAGACACCAUCAGAAGCGGGAUGCCGGUGUUCUAUUUGUCGUCUUACCCGUCACCAAGUACAGUACAACUUAGCGACGCCGCCUGCCCACAAUUUGGGCAGAUAUGGCAACCAGUCGUCUCUCUGGAUCCGCUUCAGUGGGCACGCUGGAUGCAUACCCAGCGAAUCACGUUAAUCCUGUCGUACGACAGGCCGUUGCCGAGGCAUCUUCACCAAGCGAAUCAGAGCGGUCGUUUCCAAUGCGUUCAGAGCCGACAAGCGGCGGCCGUCUUGUAUGCCAUGCUGAAAAAUUGGGCGACUUUCGUGCUGAUUGAAAACCACACGUACGUCCAGUUCAUAUACAGGGAGACGGAGAAACCACCGGUGUCGUUCUCGUUGAUCCGCAUUAAUUGCAAGGCGCUCUGCGUCGUGCUCAAUAUAGCGUUUGCCGGCGGCACCGAAGGUGUCGUUCGUCAUAACGUGGUGGUAGAUCUCGUGGACAGAUUGUCCAAGUUGGCGUUGCCGAACAGACCGACGGAGCAACGGGAAACUCCGUGUUGCACGAUAAUACACAAGUCGCUCGAGAGAAUCCUCAUAAGGUACGAGCGUAUACCGAACGAUUUGAGCAUGGUCGUGUUCCCCGAUGGCACUCAGCCAACAUGGACUAGGACUGCGCCGAUACUGGGUGGUAGUCUGACCACCACCCUGUCCAGAUACUUGUAUCACAACCGAUGGCUGUGGCAUGUGAAGCGACCGUUCGUGCAAACCAUCCCGGGCAUCACUUUGCCAAAAUUGAACAUCACUGCGAUCGCGAGGAUACUCUCCACGAUCACAAAAAUACGUUUAACGGAGGGCUUCAAUUUUGCGUAUUCGGCAGCCGGCAUCACAAAUAUGGUGUUGGAGGUGCAGAUGCAGGGCUUCGGGGCAAACAAGGAGUCGUAUCCAUGUAUCAUACAAUAUAUUUUGUUCCCGCCUCACGCUGUGUCGAGCACGACGCUGGAACGUGAUAGCGGCUCCGAAGAAGAUACGGAAGAAGGCACCGCCGACGGAGAAGCGAGUAUGCAGGAAGAUUGCGAGAGCUCUAGCGAGUAUCAGAUUGUGACGGAGGUAUGGAUCGAACCUCAAUGCGGCUACGUACAAAUGCCUACGCAAUCGACUGCUACGUAUAUGCAUCCUCUGCAGUAUUAUCAGUUACCAGACGCGAUUGCCCGAGUAGACGAGGAGUGUAUUAACGCUUUGAUGACCUUAGAAUACUUGAGCCUCUUGAGCCAAGUGGUCCCGGCGGAAAAGAGUACCGAGAUCGUGUUCGGGCAACCGCAUCAAGGAGUCAGGUAUUACGGCGCCACGGACACCAGCGCGGAGCGUGCCUCGAAAUGUCCCGACCCGGCCGAGCUCUUCGAAACGACGCCGAUCAUCGACGAGAGGAUCCAUCCGAAGUACUUCUCGUUCGACACUCUGAGCAUUUUGCCCAAGUGUCAGCAGGCGGAACUGUUGUUCUCGAUGUUCGCUGAUGAUUCGGUGCGUAUCGACGAGGACAGAAAUAGCGCGAACAAAAUUCUUAUGGGCAACUUCUUGGAGCAUAUCAAACAGUUGCACAACAAAGAGCUGCUGCUUACAUCGGCAGAAUCGCAGAAGUUCACUAGGAUGCUCCUUAGCAGGCCGCGUGAGAAUGGCCCGCCAUUGCCUUUCUUUGUGCAAGAAGAGAGGAACUAUCAGGACGAUAUUUCAGAUAUUUACCCGAGAUGGAAGUGUUUUGUUAAAGGAAUCAGCACAACGCACGUCAUUCUCACGAUUUUACCAGCGACCGAGAAAGACGUUCGCUUGAUAAUGUAUCCCGCGUAUGUGAGCGACAAUUGCACGAGCAAUAACUCGGAGAAGAAUUUCGAGUCCGACAUUUUCGAUCUCGACAUGAACGAAAAGAUACUAUCGCCGACUUUGUGCGCGAAGGACACGAACGUGUCUGACUUUCCGAUCUUUGAGCGCAGAGAGUCGAAAAUCUCUAGUCAAUCCACCACUGCGGAUAGCAUGCCGAAGGCUAACGCGGAACAAAACUUUGCUAAUGCCGACAACGGGGGGAGUCUCGUUAUACCUGUAUACGUGUACGAUUGUUCGUUAGCGUUGUUAAUCGACGCGCUGGUCAGCCGACUACAAACGCCUCAGAAUAAAGACAUCUACCAAGAUCACACGUUCAAAAUUGGCCAAGAAAUUUGCGAGGACUUCAUUAAUCUCAAGCCGGAGGGCAACACGAAGCCUUCGUCUCCAGAGCCGAAGAGCGAGGAUUCCGACAAUAUUUCUAGCGAUCAACGAAGUUUGAUGGAGCACUGUAAAUUAUUGAGCUUAGCUCAUUGUCAUUGUUACGUGGUUGCGGUUUACAAAUCACUGGCGCUGCAACAGUCCCUGAGCUAUGAAGACAUGGAGGCUGCUGUGGAGCAGUGCGAGGAAAACCUGAUUGAGAUUAACAUUACGAAUUACGUACGAUCGGUCUGCAGGCACUUGAGCACGUUGCCAAAGGGCAGUCUGCUCGAUCAGUUGAAGGUCUCCGCUUGCAAUGACGUCAAGCCGUUGCACAAUUUGAUUAAAGACAAGUUCAAGAGAAUUAUGGCGGUCGCUUUUAGACCCGUACCCGUUCAUCCGGAAUUUUACUACUGCUUACCGUCGUGGGUGUCUGACAAAAUGGAGGUUGUGUCGCAAAGGACAGAUAGCGAUGAAUUCACGUUUCACUCUGAAAUAUUAGAUCCAACUCUAGAUAAUUCUCCUGGUCAAGCGAAUCAAAACGCCAAUAUCACAUGGCCGGCUGUAAAUCUACACAAUCCCGCGAAACUGUCUCACCGUGACUCCACCGAGUCGCUCAUAAGCGAUCUGCAAGAGGAAAAUACAUGGGACAAGGAACAACCGCUCUUCUUGCAACUAAGUUGUUCGAUACAUUUUCGUUCCGAGCUCUCUAGCAUACCGGUCAAAGUGGUGCCUACUUGCUUCACCGAGAUUAUUCAGAGGAUAGAUGAUAGCAAAGAGAAGGACCUCACCGAGCAAAGUCUGGACGAUCUGAAGAUUACUUUGGACAUCAUAUGUCUGAACCUCCCGAGGGAAGUAUUGGAAGUAUCGCUGGAACGUUAUCCCGCGUUAAGAGCGACGUCUUACUGUAGCGCAUCGCCGUUUGGUAGCAUGCGCACCGACAGCGGUGGCAGUCCGACCGCGAACGCAAAGACUGAACCGAUGCAGGAGAGAAUGCCGAACCUGCCGCUGUAUCAACACAGUGCAAUAAUCAGCUUGAAGGACGAGAUCGAGUGGCUGUUGCGAGAUGAAACUGCGACGGCGCUUCUGGACCAUCCGUCGCCGAAUGCGGAUACGUUGCGGUUCAUAGCGCACCAUGUGUCGGAUUCCGCCGGCAGAUCCAGCUGUUCGCUAGAUAAAGUGCCCUUGCACUUUGUCUUCUCGUCGGAGAGCAGUGCGCCGAAAUUUCUGAAGGAGUUGAGGAGCCUUCAGAUCGAUAAGUACUGCAUCUGUCAGGAGAGCGAUCUGUUUUACUUUAUUAAGAAGCCAGAAGUAAUAGAACCUGAAGUGAAAAUUGAGGCAGAAACCGAUGUAUUGCACAUAGACGUAGAAGAACCGCAAUUAAAGGAAGCCAACAGCGUCGAAAAUAUCGAGCAAGAGGAGACAUCAGUGGCUGCAAUUCAAAUCAACGGACAAGACUCUGGAGAUACGCCAGGUUAUUACUCUGAGAUCUCGAGUAUAGCUGAAGGGAAGCAUGGGACGGACGACGGAUAUGACGGUGACAGCAGCAACUCCGAGGACGACUUCCAGUGGUUGAUAGAGCUUGACAAGCGCAGAAACCGUCUGCCGAAUUUCUGGCUAAUCCUGAGCGUCGAGAGCAGCGACGUGAACGUUUACUUUCACUGCAGGUUCUUAGAACUCUCUUCACCGGAAGUGGACCGUUAUUCGCAGAUACAAAAAAUGCUGCUCGCCCAAAUCAAGGCUAUAUGCCGACGAGUGAAUCAGUUUUUGCUUUUACAAAGUCUUCACGAUACUCGCAUAUGCGAUCCGCUGUUGGAGCCAGAAUCCAGCGAAGAUUACACCUGGAGGGGUGAAACCGCCGGCGGCGAGACCGGUAAUCUUUUCCAAAAUCAUGCCUCAGCUUCGCCAGGCAUGUUCAGAUGCCCUGUUAUUUGGGAAGAACCCUUCAACCUGCAUCCCCGUCUCAAGACGGGACCCGGCAGGUCCGGAUUGUCAAGAGGGAUCACAGCGCUGCACGGCGUGCUGAAUAGGCUGUCCGUCAACAACCGAAACAACAUGUUCGUGUAUCAGGAGAAUAACGAGAAUGUCUUCUACCUGCGGCUUCAUGAACAAACAAACGACGGGAAGUCUCUGCAGAAUAAGCUGUCCGAGAGCGACGAGAAGUUGGUCGUUUCGCGCAGCAACAGCGUCGCGUCCUUGUCACGAGCUAAGGGCAUAGGUCUGACCAACGAUCCCGUGAUAUCGGACGACACUCGACCCAGAGUUCGUUCGUUUGGCGAGAAAGAGUCUGAUAUAUUGAACAAGACCGGCGACUCGAUCAUCCUGAUGGUACACGGUAUAUCGGACGCCGGUCCGGAAGUGAAGCGGGAUCUGGUGCAAGUGUUGCAAAAUCGCCUCGACGACGCGGUGCUGGAAGUGCUGUCUGUGAUGCUGGCACGCAAUCCGAUGUGCAAGCUGACACCGGCGGACGUGCACUUCAUACAAAAACCGUACAAGUCUCCCGAAUGUAUAGUGCAGCUGUCCGUGCAGCCGCACUGUCUGCCUCGUAUAGACGCCCUGGGCUGCUAUUUGAGGCAGAAUAUAUUGCAGUUCUUAUACACGCCGAAAUACACGGACCUCGGGAUGAAUCAUCAUUUUCAGGAUUACUCGCCGUUGGACGGCUCGAGGAAGACAGCCGCCGAGUCCGACAUCUUUCUGUACAACCAAAGCUACAACUCGAGCGGCAGCAAAGGCAUAGCUUGCAUCGCGUUAGCUAUCACCGUCGACAAAGCAGAGCCUUCGAAUGGCAAGUCGAACGACAAGCUGGGUUUCCCCAAGUCGUUGAAGCCCGAGAAUUUCGAGGAUAUCGUGUCGACCACCGUCUACGACCACAAGAACAGCUCCAAGCCAAGCGCGGAGACGUUGAUCGAGUUCCGAAUUUGGAAGCAGGGUAGGGUGAACUUGGAGUCACUGAUCCUGAAAUUGUCAUCCGCUGUAAAGCACGGCACUUGGGACCUGGUCACAGAGUACAAUCUCUUGGCGACGCCCUUGACGGAGUCAGAAGACGUCGCUGAUUCUUCGUCAGUGGUCAAAGAGACUGCAGUGGAGAAUAGGGAGACGCAGACACCGCCCGUGAAGACACCGCCGCCACAAUCGCCGAAAACUCCUGACGAUUCGACGAUCGAUCAGUACGAGCUUGGUGAGGAAGGCAAGUUGAAUGAGAUAUAUCACACCACGCUGGCGCGGUGGUUCCAGUUUGCCCUGGAGAUGGGCGUACCUGCUGUCAAGAAGCACGAAGUAAUUAUUCAUCACAGGCAUGCGAUCCCUGUGAUAGUGAAGGAGCUGCAGAAUCUCAUACGUUGUCAGGAUCCGGACACAUCCAGUAGAGUCUUUGUUCUGCAAGAUCGACAACCCUUUCUCAAUCAAUUCGUCGUUUCCCGUAAAACAGGUUCCGGCACACACAAAUGGCCCGAGAGUAUCCGGAAUAAAGUGUCAACUGAAGGUAACGUGAAUCGAGAAGGCGCGGAUUCGCCCGUGUACGUGCCGCGUGAUUUCAACAAGGACGAGCAGGCAAGCUGCAUUAAAUGUAUCUUGAUUGCGAGGAACUUUUGUCAGUGGAAGGCGUCUUCGAGUAGAAAGAUAGAUCCAGAACUGCUUGCUCCUAAGGAUCAAAAACAAUUGCAGAAAUUUAAUCCGCUGAUAUCGGAAUCGAAUUUCGUGCCUAGGCAAAGGAUACUGCUAGCUGAAAUACAAAGCGACAAUAUAAUAAUAUACAUAUACAAUUGGUCGAAGGAAAAGUCAGAGAAACUGAUGAAACAAGCAACUAGUUUGGGCACGUGGCUCUCCUCCAGGUCCAGUCUAUUUACCAACAUCAAUAUGCAGAAGCUAGGUAUAUUCCACCACAAGCUCUCGCGAGACCCGCAACAAAGAGAACACGGCUCCCAGUAUUAUCAGAUCACCGACAUGGAGAGUCUCGCGAAAUUUCCCAGCCAGUCGAGCGCCGACAGCAAGGACUGGACGCGGUCGAGCAACCGAGCGCAAGCGAUGAAGAACAGCGCGUUCUCGUGGACCCAGGUUGUCGGGCAAGCGAUGCGCGACGCGAAGCCGAGCGCAUCUUACACUCUCAACACAGCGGAUCCAAUCGUGAAGGCUGCUUACGACCUACAGGACCUGCGACAUCGCGAGAAGAGGGUUAAAGAGGAUCUGGAGAAACUGUACGCGAUGUGGCAAAGUCGUACGCCUAAUAUACCGAUAUCGCUGAACGCUUCGAACACGUUCAAGCAGUACUCCCGCUUGAUACACUUCUGCCACACGCCUCUGCUCUUCUUGCCGGCCUGGCGUUUACAAUCGGCCGCUACGAGGGAUCACUCGUUGACGCCGCCGUCGUCUCUCUUCAGUCUGAACAAUAACAACAACGCUCAGUCACCACAAUCACCACAAACGACGCAGCCAAAGCAGAAGGCGGCCAACACGAUGUUGAUCAAGUGGCAUCAGGAGCUCUGUAAAUCGAUGUUGUCCGAGUACAAGCAAUACUUGCAGAUCUUGGGCUUUAAUCCGAUCCAAGUGGAGUCGUCGCAUAAAAUAGACGAAGAGCACGCGCAGCAGCAAUCUUACUACCUGAAGAAGUCGAUGUUGGGCGGUAUUUUAUUGUUCGAAAUUCACCUUUCGCAACCGUUCUUCAUCGUCAAGUUGAGCAUCAUCGAGUGCAAUCGCUUGCAGACGAAGACCAGUAGCGGUAUGGUGAAUCAGUUUGUACUGAGCUUCGUAGACGCUUGCGACAAGAUCAAGAUCAAUAUGCACUUGCACUCGUUCACCUACGACUUUCAUCUGCGUUGCAUUCACUCUUACAUCGCCGGGACCGGGCCGUGGUCCUUACAACAGGGUUAUCAUCUCACUCACUUCCUGGACGACUUCAUUAAAUACUACAGCAAGGCGCCGAAUUACGCCAGGAAUCUGAUAUACAGCGGAUUUUUCUUCAUUUCAGACGUAAUAACGAUACGGAACAUAGCGAUACCCGCGCGCACGUUGUACUCGUAUCUGCUGUCGCACGACAAAGUGUACGGUAUGCGUGUGAUGUCCAGCGAGCUUCAGGAAUCUCACGACAACGAAUACGUUUUGAUCAAACUGCAAAGCACUCCGUUGGUUAGCUACUGUGACGCUCAGGACACUCGGUACACCGACGACUUUGACGUAGCGCUGAUCGUAUCGCGUGUGGAGCAGCCGGCGCAGUUGGAAAAGACCGAGAUUACCUUGAAAUAUUAUCUCAUGUUAACGAGCAAGAGAGAGCUGUACCCGAAGAGAGAGGUGGAGAACAAUAAGCUGGGCAAGUUCAGGACAGUGUACAGCGUAGGCAGAUCCACCAACAGCUCGUACACGGACAGCCCGGUAGAGUCCAGUCCCGUCUCGCCGAUGCCGCCGUUCGUGAGGGGCGAUUCCAGGACGGAAAUAUGCGUUGAUCAGCAGCAGAUCGAUAAAAGCCUCGAUUCCAACGGCGGCACGGUCACCAAAGAGACCAACGAAACCAAAGACGCCGAGAUUAAGACAGCCAACUACAACGUUCACAACAGUUUAGCGCCGACGCCACCACCGGUCCCCAAUUCUCCUCUCGCGCAGAGCUCGAGUAUCCCGAACGCGACGUCGACGAACAUGUCGACGUCGUCGCCACAUUUGGUGCAGAUUCGCCAGGAAUCGGUCAAUUAUCUGGGUUACUACUCAUCGCACGAACAGCUGAUGCAACAGCUGAUCAUGUCUCAGGCGCAAGCGGCUCGCCAGCACAUCAUGAGCAUGGUGGACCGCGGCGCGUUACAAUGCAGGACGCAUUUACUCUGGGACAAGCUGUUGGAGAAUAAGUCCACGAUGACGUACGCCGAGUUCAAGGAACUUUGCUCGUUGGCCCACAUCGAGUCCCUGCCGAAUCUGGACCCCAGGCUCCGUCCGCUUGUUAAUCAGCCGGUCUCAUGGUACCAGACUUUGUCCAAAGUCUUGCAGAACAAGUAUCAGGAGAAUCAUAAGCAGUUCAACACUUCCGACGGAAACAUCACUCAUCAUCUGAUACUGCAUCCGACUCUUUUCCAGGCGUUUAUGAUGCUGACGAUUGACUUGCACGCGUCGAGAGGAGAUCUGUGCGCAGUUUAUCGAAAAUCCACGGAGAUCAAUGUGCCGAUGAACAUCGAAGACGUCUACACUCUGAUCGAAGGCUUCGUGAACGCUUGUUGCUUCCACUUGUGGAUGGGCCUCUGCAACCAGUGAUAACAUUCCUACCGUACGAUGCGACGAUGGCACACUGCUUCUCAAGUUUUUUGACGUACUUAUGAAAAUUUUAACGCGCAGCGUGUUUCAUUCGCACUCGAUUUAGCGAAUUACCUUCCUACGAUGUCGAACGAGCGUCACGGCGCACUAGAUGCUAAUAUAUUAUGGAUUAUUACAACUUAUACGAGAAAGACUUUGUAAAUAUGAAAUAUAUAUUUUCCUGUUACAUACAU